UCGAGGGGAAUCGAAUUGGAGCUUCCGCGACUUCUCGGGAAUUGGAGCGACGAUCAGAGGACCAUGGAACCCCCGUUGCUGGGUGAUACAGAAGAAAUAGCUGCUUUGUACCGUGAUCUGAGCCAGUAUCCUUCCCUUUCCCAUGCUUGCAUUGGACCUGAGGUAACAACUCAGUAUGGUGGCAAACAUUGCAAUAUUUAUACAGAGUGGUCGCAGCGGGACUUGGAAAGAGCUGAAAAUGUGAAAUUCUGCCGUCAAUACCUUGUUUUCCAUGACAACCAGUCCGUUAUUUAUUCUGGCCCCUCAGGCAAUUGCACUGAAGUCAAAGGAGAACUGCUUAGUCGGGAUUCUCCAAGUGGGACUCAAAAAGCCGUUCUGCGAAAGAUGAGCAAUAGCAAAGGCGAGGAAAAACAGUUCUUGGAGGUGUGGGAAAAAAACCGGAAGGUGAAGAGCAUCGAGUUGACAGCUCUAGAGAAGCAUGGCCAAGUAUAUGAUGACGAUCAGUUUGGCUGUUUGGCCUGGUCACACUCAGAGACUCAUCUUCUCUACGUGGCAGAAAAGAAGCGUCCCAAGACAGAGUCUUUCUUUAAGCCCAGAGCCCCUGAGCUGAACACUGAAGAGGAUCUGGCCAAGGCUGAACGAGACAAAGCAGUAAAGGGGGAGCAAUUUGUAUUUUAUGAAGACUGGGGGGAAACUCUGGUAGCUAAGAGUAUCCCUGUACUGUGUGUAUUGGACAUUGAGAGCAAUAAUGUUUCUGUGCUAGAAGGAGUUCCAGAACAUAUCUCACCUGGGCAGGCUUUCUGGACUCCAGGUGACACAGGAGUGGUAUUCACUGGCUGGUAUCACGAGCCUUUCCGUCUAGGCUUGAAACACUGCAUCAAUCGCAGAUCAUCACUUUUCCAUGUCGAUCUGACAGGCGGUCAAUGUGAACUGUUGUCAGAUGAUAACAAAGCCAUUUGGUCUCCACGGUUGAGCCCAGACCAAUGUCGCAUUGUAUAUCUGGAGAAUCAGGCUUCUGGACCUCAUCAGCAGUGUAGCCGUAUCUGCAUGUAUGAUUGGUACACAAAGCUCACUUCCGUGAUAGUGGAUAUUGUCCCUCGACAGAUCCAGGAUGGAUUUGCUGGAAUAUAUAGCACAGCACUGCCUGAGCGUUGCUGGGCAGCAGACAGUCAAAGAGUUGUUCUGGACACAACUCAGCGCAGCAGGCAGGAGCUGAUUGUGGUGGAUAUGGCAUCAAAAAGUGUAUGUUCACUCACCAAAGGUUCUUCUCUUGGAAGCUGGGUGCUGCUCACCAUUGACAGAGAUCUGAUGGUGGCCAGAUUCUCCACGCCUAACUCUCCUCCUAUUCUUAUGGUAGCUUUUCUGCCUCCUGCAGGCAAGGAAGCGGAUGUGAACUGGGUAUGUCUGGAAGAAACCAGCCCAAUUCAAGGUAUUAGUUGGGAUGUCCAUAUUCUUCAACCUUCUCCAGAUCAAGACAAUCCCCAAUACAGAGGUCUGGAUUUUGAAGCCAUACUACUCAAGCCCACUCAGGUACCAGAGCAAACCAAACUUCCAUUAGUGGUGUCACCACAUGGAGGCCCGCAUUCAGUGUUCACCACCACCUGGAUGCUGUAUCCAGCAGUGCUCUGCCGAAUGGGAUUUGCUGUGUUAUUGGUGAAUUAUCGAGGAUCUUUGGGCUUUGGCCAGGAUAGUGUGGAUUCACUACCAGGAAAUGUGGGUUGCCAGGAUGUCAAAGAUGUGCAGUUCUGUGUAGAGCAGAUGUUACAGAAAGAACCUCUGGAUUCAAAGAGAGUAGCUUUGCUUGGAGGAUCUCAUGGAGGUUUCUUAUCUUGUCAUCUCAUUGGCCAGUACCCUGGUACAUAUAAAGCCUGUGUGACCAGGAAUCCUGUAGUCAAUAUGGCCUCCAUGAUUGGAAGCACCGAUAUUCCUGAUUGGUGCUUGACUGAGGUUGGGCUACCCUAUGACCAAGCUGCUCUCCCAGUUCCUGAACAAUGGGAAAAGAUGCUGCUUCAUUCACCUAUGCAGUAUGUUGACAAGGUUCAAGCACCAGUUCUCCUGUUGAUUGGAGAAGAAGAUAGACGAGUUCCCCCCAAGCAAGGCUUGGAAUAUUAUCGUGCACUUAAGUCCAGGGGUAUUCCAACCCGGAUGUUGCAGUAUCCAAGUGAUAACCAUGCACUAUCCAGUGUGGAAGCUGAGGCAGACGGUUUCAUGAAUAUUGCACUUUGGCUUCUCCGACACUUGAAAUAACAAUUCCAGAAGCUUCCUCUUUUUGGUCGAGGCCAGCUAACAGAAAGUCAAGUCUCUUCAGUCUGAAAGACCUUCUAGUAGCUGAUUGGUACUCUGAUCUCUAGUCUCCAAAGUGUGAACAGGCACAUAACAAUGUGUGCAUCAUCCUCUAGGCCUCUCAAUUGUGCUAGAGAGAGAAGCUACAAAGGCCAAAUAUAUCAUUUUGCCAAAUUUAACAUUUUAUCAAUAAUAUCACCCUUAGGGUAACUAUGCAGAAUUGUCAAGUACUGGAGCACUGAUAAAUAUUCUCAUUAGAUGGUAUUAGAAUCUCUGUAAUGCCAUUUAAAUGAUUGGAGCUAAACUGAAAAGAAUGAAUUUCAAAAAUCAAGCUGCAGAAUAUAUUCUUGAGAUGAAUCUUAUUAAUUUCUAUAAAUCCAAAUUAUGUAGUUUAAGUACUUAGAUUGGGAAUGACUGGAAUGCAGUAUUUUGGAGAAGUGAUGUAAAAUCAUUAACCUGAAAUUUAAAGAAUGAAGUUAUGCUUCACAAA